AUGCGCUUCGACGACCUCCUGUCCUCCGUGGGGGGGUUCGGCCGGUACCAGAAGACGCUCUACGUGUGGAUCUGCCUCCCCCAGGUGCUCAUCGCCUUCCACAUGAUGGCGAGCGUGUUCACGGGGGCCACCCCCCCGCACCGCUGCAGGGACACCUGGCGGCACGAUAACGCGUCCGGCGCACCUGCGUCCGCGUGCCUCGCGCGCGCGCCGAACGGAACGGCGCGCACCUGCGGCGCGGGCUGGACGUACAGCCGCGAGGUCUUCGAGAGCACCGUGGUGACCGAGUGGGAUCUGGUGUGUGACCAGGCCAGUCUCAACAGCAUCAGCUCCUCAGUGUACAUGCUGGGACUGCUGGUGGGAGCGCUGAUCUUUGGAGCCAUGGCUGACAGGUACGGCCGCCGCUUCGCCCUGCUGGCGUCGCUUGCCCUGCAGACCGUGUUUGGUGUGGGCACCGCCUUCGCACCCAGCUUCCCCCUCUAUGUGUUCCUGCGAUUCAUCGUGGGGGCCGCCGUGUCUGGAGUGAUCAUCAAUGCCUUCGUGUUGGGCACCGAGUGGACCUGCACCCGGCACCGCAUGCUGGCCGGCAUCAUCACGGACUACUUCUUCGGUCUUGGCUACAUGCUGCUGGCGGGCGUGGCCUACCUGGUGAGGGACUGGCGGAAGCUCCAGCUGGCCAUCUCAGCACCAGGCUUCCUCUUCAUCUUCUACAUCUGGGUCCUUCCUCAUUCAGCCCGGUGGCUGCUGGCAAACGACCGGCGAGACGAGGCCAUCGUGCUGUUGCGCAGGGCGGCGGCCGUCAACGGGAAGGACUUUCCAUCCACGGCUCAGAUGGAGAAAUUUGAGAUCCUUCCAGAACAGAGGAGGAGCCACACGGCGGUAGACCUCGUACGCACCCCUCAGAUGAGGAAACGGGCAAUCAUCCUCUUCUACAUCUGGUUUGUGAACGUGCUGGUGUACUACGGCCUGUCGCUCGGCGUGUCGCACCUCGGCGUCAACCUCUACCUGACCCAGUUUGUGUUUGGCGUGGUCGAGAUCCCAGCACGAUCGCUGGUGAUGCUCUUCCUGCCCUGCAGCCGCCGGUUGCCCCAGAGUGCCUUCCUGGCAGUGGGUGGGGCCGCCUGCCUCCUCACACUGGCUGUGCCUGCAGACAUGCCGAAUGCUGUGACGGCUCUCGCCAUGCUGGGCAAGUUUGGCAUCACCGCUUCCUUUGCCAUCAUCUAUGUCUACUCUGCUGAGAUCUUCCCCACGGUGCUCAGGCAGACGGGCAUCGGGGUGUCCUCCAUGUUCGCCAGGCUCGGGGGUGUCCUGGCACCCUUGAUCAACCUGUUGCGGAGCCACAGCCCCAUGGUGCCCAUGCUCAUCUUCGGGGCCACUCCCCUUGUGGGUGCAGCUCUGGCCCUUGCGCUGCCUGAGACGGCCAACCGCCCGCUACCUGACACCAUGGAGGACGCCGAGCACUGGGAACACAGGAGCCACGGGAAGAGAGUAUUGGGCGAGAGCCCCGAGGACGAGGGCCAAGCAGAGAACAGCCCUCAAGAGCAGGAACUGUAGCAGCUGUAAGCCCAGGCCUGAACUGGACCACUGCAC